AAACACAUGAAUCCAACUGAAUUGCCAGUGAGACUGGUAUACCAAACCAGCAGGCAUCUACGUUAUGUAAACAUCGACAAACAAAACAUCGUAAACAAGCUAUAGACAUCACAACUCAUCCUGCAUUGGGCCAAACCAUGAAAACUCCAACGAUAACGACAAGUUAUCACCGUGGGGUUGUGCUCAUGUGCAUUCUGUUCGUCUCGUCACAUGCGUAUUUGGAGAACGAUCAGCAGAGGGAGAACGUAACCGAAUCCAUGGAGAAACGGUACAAAGAUUGGCUAAAACGAUACGGACGAAGAUACAGCAGCACAGACGAGUGGAAUUUGCGGUUUGGAAUCUACCAGUCUAAUGUUCAGUUCAUCGACUUCACCAACUCUCAGAAUCGUGGAUACACUGUCAUUGACAAUCAGUUUGCAGACAUGACGAACCUGGAGUUUCAGUCGAUCUACUUAGGGUACAGGAAUCAUGGGAAUUCCCAUAAACCACAGAACAGCACGUUUAAUUCUUCUGAUUUACCACGCAGCGUAGACUGGAGGAAGCACAAGGCUGUGACUCCAAUCAAGGAUCAAGGGACUUGUGGCAGUUGCUGGGCAUUCUCUGCAGUAGCAGCAAUAGAAGGCAUCACCAAGAUCAAGACAGGGAAACUGGUAUCCCUGUCCGAGCAAGAGCUCGUGGACUGUGACUCCACUCCAGAUAACCAAGGCUGUAGGGGUGGAUACAUGGAGAAAGCAUUUCAAUUCAUAAUCAAGAAUCACGGCAUUACCACGGAAAAACGCUAUCCAUAUCAAGGGAAAGAAGGCAUGUGCAACACCACCAAAGAAAAAAUGAAAGCAGCAAAGAUAACCGGCUACGUAGCAAUACCAGCUAGGGACGAGAAAAGGAUACAAGCUGCGGUGGCUAAGCAGCCGGUGUCGGUAGGCAUUGAUGCUGGCGGAUACGACUUUCAGUUCUACUCUAGCGGGGUGUUCGCGGGCUAUUGUGGGAACAAUCUGAAUCAUGGGGUUACGAUUGUUGGCUACGGUGAAGACAACGGUGAGAAGUACUGGCUUGUGAAGAACUCAUGGGGCACGACUUGGGGCGACAGCGGCUACGUCAAAAUGAAGCGCGGUUCUGCUGAUAAGCGCGGGACAUGCGGCAUUGCCUUGCAAGCCAGCUACCCUACCAAAGGACGACGUUCUUGACGAAUCCUUGUCGUGGAAAUUUGUUUUCUCAUGGCUUUAGGUCUUCGACGCUUGCGUACGUUUAUGGCGGGUCGAUAAAUAAAUAUUCUCACAAUAAGAUCAUGAGUGGCAAUAAUAGACAUCAUCUCCAAAGAUGAACUAUGGGGCCGGGAACAAGAACAUAGUCGCUUUCUGAGACUUUUAUGUAAAGAAUGGAGAUUUGUUUCUCAUCUUAUUACUUAAUAAUUGAAAAUGUUCAAUGA